AUGGCCUCCGAAGACGAAGACUACUUCAUCCCACCGGAGGAUGUGCGUCCCUUCAGCUCUGGCGUCCGCCGAAAACGCGUGCAGUUCGUGCGUUCCUCCGAUCUAGACACAACAGCAGCACCAGUGGCACCCUCCUCCUCCGGCACCAGCAUCGCAGAUAGGUACCUCUCUAUUGUGAUGAGCCAGUCGGCCCCAAACACAUCACCAAGCACACCAACCCAGUCCGCACCGUCACCACCAAUCCGUACACAGUCCGCGCCGCCAAUUGAAGACACAAUCCCGCCUCCAUCCACAGCGGCGACAGCCCCCGCAGCCCUAGAAUACUGCGACGUGUGCAACCUACCUAUCCAACCACAAGACCCAGCAGACGCAACAGACAAAAAAAUGCGCCCCCACGAAGCCUCCCUCGCACAUCAAACCUGUCUCGCUCACUCCCACCCACCAUCGCACCUCGAUCGCACCCGCUCAGGUCUCCGAUACCUCUCCACAUACGGCUGGGAUCCUGAUAGCAGGCUUGGGCUCGGUGCAUCCGGCCGUGAGGGUAUUCGUGAACCUAUCAAACCUCGCGUCAAGCUUGGUACUGCUGGAUUAGGGGCUGGGCUUGACCAAGAUGGCGAUCCGUUGCCGCCACGCCUGCCACCGGUGAAGGUGCAGAAGCUUAAUCCUAAGGAAGUGCGGAAAAAGGCCGCGGAUGAUAAGAGGAGAGCGGAGAGGAUUAGGAAGGCUUUUUAUCAGAAUGAUGAGGUUUUGAAGUAUCUAGGAGAGGGAAUUUAG